AUGCCUUCUCCGAAGGCAUUUGCAACUAUUGCUCUUCUUCUCUCCCUUAACCUUGUGUUUUUCAAUACAGUGAGUUCAAAUGAUCAUGCUCCUAAUUGUCCACCAACACCACCCAAAACCCCAAAACACCCUACCCCCUCAACCCCAACCCCAAAACACCCUCCUCCCUCUAAAGCAUGCCCUAAGGACACCCUUAAGCUAGGGGUAUGUGGAGAUUUGUUGAAUGACUUGGUGCACGUUGUUGUGGGGACCUCACAAAAGACACCUUGUUGUAGCCUUAUUACAGGUCUUGCUGAUGUUGAUGCUGCUGUAUGCCUUUGCACUGCCAUUAAAGCCAACGUUUUGGGAGUCAAUCUUAAUGUGCCAGUUUCCUUAAGCCUACUUUUGAAUUACUGUGGUAAGUCUGUUCCAACAAACUUCCAAUGCGCCUAGAGGUGCCAUGACCUUCUCAUCUAGUACUGCCCUUCCUAAGCUGUGUCAAUGAAAAAAAUGCCAUUAAGCUUUGGUUGUAAUACAUGUUUCCUUCGAAAUAUAACUGAUAUCUAGAGUGUUCCCUGCUCGGAAUGUUUGUAUGUUUCCUUCGAAAUAAAAAAAAACAUAAUGCAUGUUUCACUCUUGAG